ACUCGCACUAUCAUUCCCAGAGGGCCAAAACCUUCCUCUGCUCUCGCCCUCCUCCCUAUUACCUCCGGGUGACAAUGGCCACCCCGAUGGACCAGCUAACCACCUUCUUGUCCAACAUGUUCGCCGAGGGCCUACUAGACACGCAAUUCCAGGAGCUUCAGAUGAUCCAGGGCCCUGACAUGCCCAACUUCAUCAGCGAGGUCAUCACCCUCUUUUGUGAGGACGGCGAGCGCAUCAUUAACGAGCUCGCCAAGCUGUUGGACAAGCCAUGUGUGGACUUUGACAGGUUGGAUGCUAUUGCUCAUAGGUUCAAGGGGAGCAGUGCAAGCGUUGGUGCUCUGAGAGUGAAGAACACUUGCAUUCAGCUACAUGUGUUUUGUAAGGAGAAGAGCCUCAAUGGCUGCCUCAUGACACUGAACACUGUGAGCAAUGAGUUCUAUAAUAUGCGCGGCAAGUUUCAAAUGAUACUUCAGCUGGAGCAGCAGGUCAAGACCUACUACUCUAAGAAGUAAUUAAAACGGAGCAACAAAGCGGAGCAGAAUGUUCUGACGACAACAUGCUCUCAGCUUAGCUUGUAGGUUGAAGUCGGUUGCUUCUGUGAAGCCUGUAGCUUGUCUAGAGACAAGCUGGUCAUCCAGCAUCAGUUAGUUUUCCUUUCGAGUAAACCGUCUUCCAUCGCCGUCUUGCAGAUUGUCAUCAGUGGUCAAUGUGGUGACUGAAUUAGUCAGUAUAGUGGUCUAGUGUCUGUCGUCUAGCUUGUAAUCGCCUAGCAGCGCUGUACUGUAAUAUCGGCAAGAAUCAAGAUCGCUCCUCGAUGCCGGUUGGUCAUCAUAUAUAUCGACUGGACAAGGGUUGUUGUUU